AUCCACACACCCAAAAGGGGAAAGGGUUCGGUUUCAUCACUUUUGCAAACAAAAAUUCCAUCCAUUCCGCACUAGAUCCUAGCCUGAAACAUGUCGUCGACGGAAGAGAAAUCAUCGUUGAUUACGCUGACGUACACAGCAGAAGGAUUUAGACAAUCUUAACUAUCCACUAAUAUCAUCCAUUCCCCAAAACCCGUCCAGUUACUUGUUAUCCAAUUUUCCCAAUUCUCCAACAAAUUCCGUAUUUAUCCAAUUUCUCAAAUUCUCCAACACAUUUUUUUACUUAUCAAGUUUCAUCAUGUCUUCAAUUUAUUCAAAUUCACCAUCAAAAUUUUAUUUAUUGAAUUUAUAGAAAAUAUAUUUUUCACACCCCAAUUAGUUGAUAAAAUUUAUUUAUUACACAAAUGAUAUCAAUGUUAUGGAUGUAAAUAUUAAAAAAAUAAAUGGAAUCCAGUAUAUUUUAGUAUUUAACAUUUGGUAUUUCCACUUUAUAUUUAAAGCUCAAGCUUAUAAAUUAUCCAAUACUGACAAUCUUAGCAAUUUCAUCAAUAUCGCAAAAAUUGGAAAUAGAAAUAACAAUUCCCGUCUUUACAUUGCUAAGGAGAGAGAUCUUCCUCCAACAGAACGAAUUCAUAUUUUUAAAGACCCCCAAAAGCCUAGAGAUUAUCUCUGGAGAACUCGUUGGCCAGAAACUGCUAAAAUGGUUCAAUUGAGAGCGAUAAAGCAUGCUGUUGGACAGAUUGCUUCACCUGAUGGGAUUGUGGAGACUGUUACUGCCCUUAGAGUAUUACCAUGUACAAUAUUACAGUUUAUGGAUUUCGGUUACGCACUUGUUUCAUACGGAAAACCGUUGUGGUCCAGGCAUUGGAAUAAUAGGCCAGAAUUAGGAAAACUUAUUAAAAUCUCUGCCAACGAAGCGGAAACCUUCCCAGUUAAACUACAACCACCACAGGAUUACGUAUUAGGGCAACUGGUCGACGUUUCCUCCUUUGUAGGAUGUACCCAUGCCAAGGUCACCGGAAUCACAAAGGGGAAAGGCUUUCAAGGAACCAUCAAAAGACAUGGAUUUAAAAGAGGUCCGAUGAGUCACGGGUCAAAACAUCAUAGGGGACCAGGGUCAAUAGGAGCCUCAACAACUCCAGGAUGUGUAAAACCAGGAAAGAGAAUGGCUGGAAGAAUGGGCGGAAAGAGAUGUACGUUUAGAAAAUUAAAGAUUCUAGGCUUAAACCCAGAAACGUCACUACUGUACCUAAAAGGGCUUGUGGCCGGUCCAAAAGGUUCAUACGUCACAGUAACUUCUGAUGUUCAACCGCCACUUAAACAAUUAUUACGAUAAAAUUAAUUUAAGGUAUGAAACUGAGAAUUGGUUAACACAUUAAUUCAACGCUCCAAGAUUAAACGAGUUUGAGGAUCAAUUUUUAUUAUACGAACACAUGAAUAAUUUUAUUAUUUUAA